AUGGGUAUAACACCAGUGCACUUCUUUUCUCAUGGCUCCACCCGCAUGCUCGAGGCCGAUACUGAAUCUGGGGCGUAUUGGGCAAAGUGCGGAAAAGAGGCUCUUGCACACAAUGUCAAAGGAAUCAUCAUAAUGGGCGCUCACUGGGCCUGUCUUGGGGACAGGAUCGAAGUGGCCACCAACCCAACACCAGGCAAGAGCUUCUGUCCCUUCUCCAGUCCGGCAUUAUACAAGGACUGGAAACCAAACCCGGACCUAGCUACAGCGGAGAGAUGUAUAUCCAUGCUCAAGGCAGAAGGCUUCUGCGCCGGACCCAACCCAAACUUCACAUGGAUUCACGACGUCUUCAUGGUCCUCAUCCGUAUGUUCCCGGACGACACCAAGUGUCCGCCCGUGACUAUAGUCUCUAUGAACGCGCGCUAUGACCCUUGGUACCAUGUCAAGGUCGGCGCGACGCUACGCCCCCUCAGAAAGGAAGGAUACUUGCUUAUUGGCACAGGCGGUGCGGUUCAUAAUCUCUACCGCAACGCCUGGACGGACAUGCUGCUGUACAGAGAGUCGCUGGGCCAGGAGCGUCCCCCGGAAGCUUGGGCUCUCGAAUUUAGACAAGCCACAGAGGAUGUGGUCACCAGGAAUCGAGGCCCAGCUCUGAGAAAGGCCAUGGUCCGCCUUAUGCAACACCCAGCGUACCGUGAGGCCCAGGCCACUGAUGACCAUUGGAUGCCGGCGCUCUUCGCGGCUGGUGCAGCGGGCGACUUUGAGGACGAGGCGGAGUCUAAUGUGCUGGCAGCCGAGACGUGGGAGCUCAUCAACAUGGCAAACUCGCAGUUCACGUUUGGCCAGUAUAAGGAUGACAUGGAGAAGACGUUUGCUGAGAGACAGGAAACUGACAAGUUGCCCCAACUUGGAUUUGUUACCGCAGCUGCCUGA